UUUUCCUCCGGCCCGCCUCCGGCCCCAUUUUCUCCGUGCGGAAGUGACGUUACCGGAAGUGGUCUGGGAUACAGGGUACUGUCAAACCGCCGGGCCGAGAGGCCGCCGGCGGAGCCCUAGGAGCUCCGCUGAGCGGCGGGAAGCGGAAGGAGCCCGAGGGAGGAGGAGGGCACGCGCCCGCUCGGACGGGUAUCUUGAAUGAUUUAGCAUGGAUCCUGUUGCUAGUCACAGCUGCCACCUUCUUCAGCAGCUCCAUGAGCAGCGUAUUCAGGGCCUUCUUUGUGACUGUAUGCUGGUGGUGAAAGGAGUCUGCUUUAAGGCACAUAAAAAUGUUUUAGCUUCUUUCAGUCAGUAUUUUAGGACUUUAUUUCAGAAUUCUUCGGGCCAGAAGAAUGAUGUUUUUCAUUUGGAUAUAAAAAAUGUAGGAGGCAUAGGGCAGAUAUUGGACUUCAUGUACACUUCUCACCUGGAUCUUAACCAAGACAACAUACAGACAAUGUUGGACAUAGCACAGUGCUUACAAGUACAGAAUGUACUGAAUAUGUGUCACGCAUUUUUGAAAUCUACUGCUAUCGAGCAGUCGCCCGGCUUGCCUUGUAAUAGUGCAUUCUCCUUGCACGGUGCUCUGGCUACUGAUGCCAAUGGUGUUAUGAGUGAAAACUACCCUCCUCACCUACUACAAGAGUGUUCAACAGGUACACAUCCUCAUAAGGUUCUGGAUGGCCAGCCUUCCCAUGGACCACAAUCAGUUCAUCUUCAGAAUUCUUCAGGUGAAGGACCAAAACAGACAUCAGAUGCUGUAGGUGGCACCUGUACAGAACUUCCAUUUAAGCAGUCAAAUUACUAUUACAAACUUAGAAACUUUUACAGUAAACAGUUCUAUAAACAAACUUCUUGUUGCAGUCAUGAACGAGUCAUUGAACAGCCCUUUGCUUUCAGUGCAUCUACAGAUCUUAACUCAGUAGAAAAUCAUGACUGUACUGUCAGUCCCUCUGAAUGUAUCUUGGAAUCUUCUGAACACCUCCCUUCUAACUUCCUUGCCCAGCCCUUGAAUGAAGCUGCCCCAGAUCUGGAGUCCGACAGCACAUCAUUGCAGCCUGCUGAACAGAGGAGAUUGAAAAAAGCUAUCCACCUCAAGAAACUAAGCUUCCUAAAAUCGCAACAGUCUGCAGAAGAAUCAUCUGAAGCUAAAGCAGAUCAUAGUUUAGCAAAAGGAAUAGCAGAGUCACCUUUAGUUAGUGAAAGUUCUAUAGAGAAGACUAAUAGUCAAGGGGCUGAAGAAAAAGAAAGUGAAGAAAUCAUUAGUUCAGAGAAUUUUGAUUGUAUUGCUGAAAUUGAAAGGACUGAGGGCACUGUCUUCUUGAAAGACCAGACACAACCUCUGCAGCUGCAAAGACAGUACACGUGUGAACUAUGUGGAAAGCCUUUUAAACAUCCAAGCACUUUGGAGCUUCACAAACGGUCUCAUACAGGUGAGAAACCUUUUGAAUGUAACAUUUGUGGGAAACACUUCUCCCAGGCAGGUAAUCUACAGACUCAUUUACGUCGGCAUUCUGGCGAAAAACCCUACAUCUGUGAAAUCUGUGGGAAAAGAUUUGCAGCCUCUGGUGAUGUCCAACGUCACAUUAUUAUUCACUCGGGAGAAAAACCACAUUUGUGUGACAUCUGUGGUCGAGGGUUUAGUAACUUUAGCAAUUUAAAGGAACACAAAAAGACUCACACCGCUGAUAAAGUCUUCACCUGUGAUGAAUGUGGAAAAUCUUUUAAUAUGCAACGCAAAUUGGUCAAACACAGGAUUAGGCACACUGGCGAGCGACCGUACAGCUGCUCUGCAUGCGGGAAAUGCUUUGGGGAAUCAGGCGACCUACGCAGGCAUGUCCGAACUCAUACUGGAGAAAAGCCGUAUACCUGUGAAAUUUGUAGCAAAUGCUUCUCUCGCUCUGCUGUGCUUCGUCGACACAAAAAAAUGCACUGUCAGGCCAGCGCUGAGAGUCCAGCAGCACACGAUGAGCUUGUGCGAGUCGAUGAAACGUCUGAUCUUGAAAAGUCUCAAAGCUCAGACUCCUUUUCCCGAGAUAUGUCAGCUGCUUUGUUGCCAGGAUCUGUGAAGCUCCCUGUCCGUCCCGUAGGGAAUUCUUCAGUGGAAUUUAGUGGCACUUCAUCAGGUUCCUAUUGCAAGUUGAGAUCCAUGAUUCAACAAAAUGAAGUUACUGACCAGGAGAAAUUGAGUCUCCAUUUUGCUAAACUCCCCAAACCUCAGAUGCAGCAGACACCUCAUCAGUCUUACGCUUUCCCGGAGGCAGCAGCAUCAGCUGCUGAAGAGCCCCUGCAGUCUGAUAGUAUGUCCAUGAUUCGUUCAUCUGUGGCAGCUCUUGACAAUCAUGGUAGUGAUACACUGAGCAGCCGGUCAUCGUCUGCCACUUACAGGAGCUCGGAAGGACCUUUUUUUUCCAGCAUGACUCUUUGGGGUUUAGCUAUGAAGACUUUACAAAAUGAAAAUGAGUUGGAUCAGUAACAUAUUCUAUUAUUAAUUCUCAUUCAGCUUGGAACUUGCCAGACUGGGAUCACAACUGGAUUUUUGAACCACUUUUCACUUUGCUGGUCCCAUUCUAACCAUUGUAAGAGAAAAUGACCAAUUCCUUACCCUUGGGAGUAGAGAGAAGGCAAGUUAUAGCAUCAGCCUUGGCACAGAUCACAGUCACAGACCGUAAUAUCUAGAUGAGACAUUAAAAGUCCUCUGUUCCAUUUUAUAAGUAAGACAACUGAAAUAGUCUUUCCCUUCCCACCUCUUUCUCCCCCUACCCCCAGAGAAAUGACAUGUCCAUGAUCUCAUAGGUAGAGCAGAAAUGUCGGGUAUAGAAAAAGAUUUCAGAGACCUGAUCCAACCCUCUCAGUUUACAGAAGAGGAAGCUAAAGGUCAGAACAACUUGCCCAGGUCUACACAGAGCCUUUUCAACCCAGUUUGCCUGACUACCAAUCCAGUUUUCUUUUCACUACACUAUAUGUUGUUAGAUUAUAGCUUGAGUCAGAAAAGCCAGAGGGUUUAUAAACUUUUGGUUUACAUCAUAUUGAAAACAUUUAGAUAAUAUGUUACUACACACUUGUAACAACUACUGUGCAUUUUUUUCCCAGUCAGGAUAAAAAUUGUGUAUCCAAAAUUUUAUUUUUACAUUUGUAAAAAAAUAAGACUUCC